AGUUUCAGAGGCAGUAGGUAUCUCGCACUCCAACAUCGCGAGGUCUGGGGAGAAAUGCUACCACUCCUCCCCCCACUUCCGCAGCCACGCUGCCUCCGUGCCUGCCCCCUCCUGCCACGCCCCCACCACGCGCUUUGCACUCUGGGGCCCACGCACUUCCCUGAGGAGCUCACUGAGGGAAGAGUCAGUUAGAAGCUGCUCCUCAUUUGCAGACUUUCCGGGAGCCCACCCAGUUCCCGGUCUCUCACCGGAGACCACAGGGAGGAGCUUCAAGUCAUCCCAAGUCCCUACAGCCUCCAGCAGUGAAGACUUCCACAAGGGAGUCUUCCUUACAUCACUGAAUAAUGAAUGAGGAUGAGAGAGAGAAAGAGAAGAGACAAAGUCAAUCCAAAAAGCUCUCAAAGGAAAUUAAAUUGGAUUCCAUCUUUUCGUACCUAUGAUGACUUCAACCAAAUGAUGCUACAGUUAUUAGAUGGCUUUAUGAUUACACUGAACGCAGAUGGAGUGAUCAUUCAUGUGGCUGAAAACAUCUCUUCUCUUCUUGGACAUUUACCAGCUGAGAUUGUGGGCAAAAAAUUAUUAAGCCUUCUGCCUGAUGAAGAGAAAGAUGAAGUCUACCAAAAGAUUAUUCUCAGAUUUCCUUUGUUAAACUCAGAAACACAUAUUGAAUUUUGCUGUCAUUUAAAAAGAGGAAAUGUUGAACAUGGUGAUAGUUCUGCUUACGAAUACGUGAAAUUUAUUGUGAAUGUAAGAGAUAUUUGUAAUGAGUCUACUGUGGUCUUUAGUGGCUUAUUUUCCAACCACCUCCAUGCUGACUUGUCUGCUGCAUGUAUUCCUCAGGAGGAUCGGUUUUAUCUUGUGGGAAAUGUUUGCAUUCUCAGGACUCAGCUCCUGCGGCAACUGUACACUUCAAAGGCAGCCAGUGAUGAAGCUGAACUUACACAAGAUUCAGAUGAGGAACCUUUUGUGGGAGAGCUCAGUAGCACUCAAGGUCAAAGAGGACACACUAGCAUGGAAGUCGUGUAUGUUGAACCUGCUGCUGCUGCCGCCGCUGCUGCCGCUGCCGCCGCUGCUGCUGCUAUCUCAGACGACCAAAUCAAUAUUGCAAAGGUUGAGCAGUAUGGACCACAAGAAAAUGUUCAUGUAAUGUUUGUAGAUUCUGAUUCAACUUAUUGCUCCAGCACAGUUUCCCUGUAUACUAUUCCUGAAUCUCCAGCCUUAUCCUUGCAGGACUUUCAAGUUGAGCCUGAGGUGAAUCCAUUGUACAGGGCAGACCCAGUGGACCUGGAGUUCUCAGUGGACCAGGAGGACUCAGUGGACCAGGAGGGCCCAAUGGACCAGCAGGACCCAGAGAACCCAGUGGACCUGUUAGACCAGGUAGGCCUGAUGGAUCCAGAGGACUCAGUGGACCUGGGGGCUACUGGCGCAAGUGCUCAGGUACCUCUGAAACCGUCAUCACCAGUUGCCUACGACAUCAUUAGCCGGGAACUGGAACUGAUGAAGAAGUUGAAGGAGCAGCUAGAAGAGAGGACUCAGUUGCUCCAUGAUGCCAUCCAAAACCAGCAGAAUGCAUUGGAAUUGAUGAUGGAUCAGCUUCAGAAGCAGCCAAGCACAUUACGCCACAUUGUCAGUCCUGAUCUCCAAUCUUCAGAGGCAGUGCCCAAGAAACAACACACUGGGCAAGUGAAGUGGCCUCUCUUACAUCCCAAGGAGGUCAAGUGUUUCUGUGGUUUAUCUUUAUCCAACUGUCUCAAAAACACUGGGGAACUUCAGGAGCCUUGUGUUGCCUUCAACCAGCAGCAACUGGCGCAGCAAGAACAACACCUGAAGGAGCAGCAGCGGCAGCUACGAAAACAGCUGCAACAGCUGAGGGAGCAAAGGAAGGUGCAGAAGCAGAAGAAGAUGCAGGAGAAGAAGAAGCUGCAGGAGCAGAAAAUGCAGGAGAAGAAGAACCUGCAGGAGCAGAGGUGGCAAAAGAAGGAGAAGCUGCAGGAGCGGAGGAAGCGGCAGGGGCAGAUGCUGCAGAAAGAACCAAAGGAGAAGCAGCAGAAUCAGCAGUUCCAAGAGCAGCCACUGAAGCAUAAUGUCAUCGUAGGGAAUCAGAGGGUGCAGAUAUGCCUGCAAAACCCAAGUGGCAUAUCUGUGCCCCUCUGCAAUAACCCUGUUAGACUUUUACAGACCCAACCCAUUGUUCCUAUCCAGAUAGUAGCUGAACAACAGUCCUCUGGCUUCUAUCAAGAUGAAAACUGUGGGCAACAGGAAGAUGAGAGUCAAAGGUAA